AUUUACGGUUAAAUGGCCUCCGCAGUGUUAAAAGCGAAAUUCUGGAGCCGGUAAAACAUCUCACCCAGCUGGACCUGCGAGACAACCAGCUGACGUCUCUGGACCUGAGCUCGGUCUGCAGUCUGGAGACCCUGCAGUGUCAGAGGAACCAGCUGGGAGCCCUGACCCUCAGCGGCUUCACCCUGCGCACACUCCACACCAGUGACAACCGUCUGACCACGGUGAACAUCUACCCUGUUCCCAGCCAGCUCACACACAUGGACCUAUCAAGGAAUCUCCUGGAAUACCUGCCAGACUGGGUGUGUGACAGCAGGAAGAUUGAGGUGCUGGACAUCUCCCAUAAUCUGCUGUCUGAGCUCCCGGCCAGAUUUCUUAGCAGUCUGAGUCUGCGUAAACUGCUGGCUGGUAACAACAGGCUGGAGAGACUGGCUGACCUGCUCGACCACAUCCCACUGGAAACACUCGACCUGCAGCACAACAAGUUGCAGGAACUGCCAGAGAGCUUCUUCUACAAAGCCUUAAAUUUAAAGUAUUUGAAUGUGUCUGCCAAUGCGCUGGAGACGAUCCCGCCGAGCAGCCAAUCAGAGGAGAGCCUCAGCACCCUGCAGGAGCUCUAUCUCACAGGAAACAACCUGAAUGAGAACUGCGCUGCUCUACUGGUGGGGCAUCAGAACCUGCGGGUCUUGCAUAUGGCUUAUAACCAACUGCAGUCCUUCCCUGCUAGUAAACUCGGUAAACUGGAGGUCCUGGAGGAACUGAAUCUGAGUGGGAACGAACAAGCUGCGACCCCCUCCACCGUGUCCAGCUGCAAGAGACUGCACACGCUCAUCGCCCACUCCAACCAUAUCAGCGUGUUCCCAGAGGUCCUCAGCCUCCCCGAGAUCAAGCUAGUAGAUGUGAGCUGUAAUGAGCAGACAGAAAUCCUGUUGCCGGACUCUCUGCCUUCAACCCUACAAGAGCUGGAUCUGACCGGCAACAGCAGCCUCAUGUUAGAGCACAAAACGCUCAACCUCUUCAGUCACAUCAGUACUUUGAAGCUGGACCAGAAGCCAGCCGUGACCGCAGGAGACGCACAGGGCACGUCCACCCUGUGGGAUCAUGGUUACGCUGAGAUGUGUGGGCAAAGGAACAAGUUGUGUGUGUCUGUGCUGGCUGUGGAUCGCUUCGGGGGCAGUCUGGAGGCUGCUUAUGGGAUUUUUGAUGGCGACCGUAAUGAGGAAGUUUCCAGGUUACUGCAGUGCACCAUGGGAGAUGUAUUGGCAGAGGAGAUACAGCACUCCAGUGUGGACAGUGUAUACAUGUGCAACACUUUCCUUACCUCUCAUAGGAAACUUGGCAUGGCAGGCCAGAAGCUAGGUGCCUCUGCUCUGCUCUGUUACAUCCAUCACGAGUCCUCCGAGCCUGGCCGCUACUUUAGCCUCACUGUGGCCAACGUAGGCACCUGCCAGGCUGUACUGUGUCGUGAUGGGCAACCUCUUGCCCUCUCGAAGGUUUUCAGCCUAGAACAGAGCGCUGAGGAGAUGGAGCGUGUCAAACUGGCAAAAGCUAUUAUCACUGAGGAUAACAAGGUGAGUGGGGUGACAUGCUGCUCACGGUUACUUGGCUGUUCCUACCUGUUUCCUUGGGUGCUUCCCAAACCCUGUGUGCACACAGAGCCUCUGUGUUCCCAGGAUGAGUUCCUGAUCCUAGGAAACAAAGCACUCUUCCAGAAGGUUUCCUACCAGGAGGCAGUGAGCACUGUGCUAGCUGUCAGAGACCCCCGCGCUGCUGCCAAAAAGCUCUGCACGCUGGCACAGAGCUAUGGGUGCCGGGAUAAUGUUGGAGCAGUAGUGGUAGCUUUGCAUAUCGGAGAAGACAGCUGUACGUGCGAGCCUCCUCUCUCGAACACAGAAGCCCGAGGACCACCUGCUCCAACACCUUUACCGAUCUCCGUGUCCCCUGGUGACCCAGCCACACCGUCUUCUAGCAGUGGCAUUGCCUCGGAGUUUAACAGCGAGAUGUCAGCUUCGGAAGUGGGCAGCGAGGCUGGGUCCACAGCUUCGGACGAGCACCCCUCUUCGGGACCAACGGCUCGUCCGGAGCGCCGCUGUAGUUUGCAUCCCACUGCUACCUUGUGUAACAUGGGGCCACUGGUGAGCCUGGGGCCAGGGGCGCACCCGGCUCUAUUCCAGCGGCAACCUUCCAGCGCCACCUUCUCAAGCAACCAAUCGGACAAUGGACUCGACAGCGAUGACGAGGCUCCUUUAGAAGGUGUCAUCUCAAACGGGAGCAAGCUAGAGGUGGAAGUGGACAUCCACUGCUGCGCUUUUCAGCUGCGCUCUGGACCACCGGAAAGUCCCAAGGACCUGGACGGCCGGCAUGAUUCGAGGGGCUCGGAUUAUCCCAACAGCAAAAUGCGGCGGCAAAACAGCGUGGUGGUUUCUGCCACCAACGGCUGCCUGCUGGCUGUAUGUGGCCGAGAGAUCUCAGAUCUGAAGAAGUCUCCUUCAACCUCCAGCCUCUUCGGGAAGAAGCUAUCUAAUGGCUCCGUAGUGGCUCCCGAGGAUAGCCACAAUAUCAUUGAAGUAGCACUCGAGGCCCCAAAAAAGAAAUCUGGAUAUUUUGCCGCACCAGCCCAGCAAGACCCGGAAGACCAGUUAAUUAUACCGCCUAGUCUGGAGCAGGAUGUUCGGGAGCAACUGAGAGGUCAAAGCCCUGUGGUUCCCGGGCCGCCGCCGGCUCCUUCAACGCUGCCCUCAGCGAGAGACCCCAACUGGGACCAUCCUCAGCCCACCGUCCCCGGUCUCCACCCCACCACCGUCCUGCAACAGGAUGUCUAUGACACAGCUCUAUAGUUGGUGCAAGAGGACCACACCAUUGGAGCAUCUCUGCAUCAUAGUGCCACAUCAAAGAGGCUAGCACGCUCUUCCUGCCUUCGAGAUAAUCCAGUUCUUAUUUAGCGUCAUCACGUGUGGGUCCCUGCAUGUGCAUUCUUGGGCUGAUCUGCGGUGGCGUAGCCACAUCCAAGUCAAGGACAGAAGGAUGGAAAUGGGUGAAAAUGUCAGGACCGAUGAAAUCUUGAAGAUUGAGGUCUCAGAUUGUGGAAAAACAUGAGCUAUUCCUGACCAAAAACCACAGCAUGGAGCUGGAGUACCUCAUACAUCACCAUGCGUGAGUUCGUUUCGACAUUCGCCCUUUAUAUCAAAGGUCACAGGCUUAAGUAGGCUUCAAUGAUCACAUUUGCCUUCUGGUGGAGAGGUACUAUCAGCUAAACUGAGACCAAAAGAUGAGAAAAGUGCCUCUUGAAGAUGGUUGAGGUUCAGAGAGCCUUUACUGUUCUGGUGUAAGUGCAGUGUUGUUCUACCUUCCCAUAGUGGCGACUAGUCCGUAAUCUGCACUUUUGAAGUCUGUGAGGAAUAUUUCAGACGGAUCUCUUCCCCAUCUGACCUGCUGGAAUAAUCCCGCUCCAUUUCAUGGAAAAGAGUGGUCGUUGUGGUAAGAAGUAUUGUUGAAAAAGACCAGAGCAUUCUCCACCUUCCCUGAUCCCCUCUUGUAUGCAUACGGGAUCUCCCAGACAAAGCCAUGGGGGUCUCUGGAGCUCUCUGCACAAUAGAAGAGUACAACGACCCCAACAUAACAUUCAAACCCUGGAGAGGGAAUCAGUCUAGUGAUGGAGGUCAGAGUGAGAUGGAGACAAAAACUACAUCCAAUACUCCGUGGAAGCAUCGUCACACCUUUAUGGCCAAGGUCAUUUGGGGAGCAGAAAGACCUCACAACCUUGUCUGAAAUCAUAACUUGAGUUGUCUCGGGUUGUCUAGAGUACUUGAAGUUUCGAGUCUGGCAUGACUACAUGACAGAGCCCAUGCUAUAGAGCCUUGGGCCGUAAAUAUGUCAUUGGGUCUUUGUAGUAGUGCGGUUUUACUGUUGAUCUGAGUGAGGUUGGGAUAUUUUUUCAUCAUCUCAUAAUCAAGGAAAAAAUGAACAGCUGACAUUUAGGUUUUUUAUAUGAGAGGUACCAGGCAUAUGAUAUAAUGUAUUGUGCAUCGAGUGUGUGGGUGUGUGUGCUCUAUUUUAGCCAUGCAUGGUACGUAUAAGGAAACAGGCUGGUCAGUGUUUGUUUUUUAUUUGAAUCAGGGGACCUGAGGAAAGAGACUAUAUUGGGUCAUUUGAGUUUGUCAUUGCCACGAUCACAGUAUCAGGGAAUUCUGUGCAGUAAAACACUGUGCUCACGGUUUGAGGAGACAUCUAGUGGUGUUUAUUGGAAACAACACAGU